AUGUUACUAUCCAGGUACCUAAAUCUAGGAAUCAUUUUCCUCAUCACUCCGAAUGUCUUCGCCAUCAGUCAUACACAUCCUCUCGAGACGAGUCGUCGCCCAGACCAGCAACAAAUUUCUACGCCGGCUCUCCAAAAGAGAGAUGUUGACAUACUGCCCUGGAAGCGGCAGGUGCCCGGGGAAGUCCCGGAGGAAGGAUCUGAGGCUAUGUCAGCAGAUGUUGACGGGUCCAUGCCUCAAGGGAAGAGUAGCACCUGGUUGGGCGACUGGUGGGAUGGUUUGAAGCUAAAUCCGUUUGCAAAUGAUGCGACAGACGAACAACCAGAGGAGGGCGGUGGCUUUUUUGGUGGCUUGUUUGGAAGCAGCAACAAGGAGGCAAAACCACCAAAGGAUAAGGAACCAAAACAGCCAAGCAAGGGUAUCUUCGGUGGUCUUUUCAGCGGGGGUGACAAGUCUGAACAGGAGCCACAGUCAUCGGGCAAAAGUUGGUUCAAGAACCCUUUCGGUGGUGGUAGCGACGCUGACCAGGAACCAAAGUCUUCCGGUGGAAGCUGGUUUAGGAAUCCUUUCAGUUCCAGCAACAGUGAUGGGGCAUCAGAGAAUGCUGGCUCUCCUGUAGCAGAGCCCGCGCAGGAUCCAGGCCGAGGUUUUGACGGACCUGUCGGCGUAGGCACUCAACCCAUCCAGACAUCAAUGAGUCCUACUGUAAAAUCCGCAGCCCCGGGUAUAGACCCAGCUUCAACGCUACUAAAUAGGCAAAGCAGGAGACGUCUCAGAAACUACGACACGAAAGAACAGAAACGGAUAGACACUCUGAACCUAACAAAACAGCCCAUACCCCCAAAUGAUCCGUCGUUGCUAGGUAUAACAAAUCCGGUGGAGCGUCUGAGGGCAUACGACGCAAGAAGAGACAGGCAACGGCAAGAGCAGAUACGCAGCGACCAAGCAAUUAAAAAUGGGUUGCUGGGUCAGAAGGGACCACUGUCGGCGGAAGAGAAGAAACUUCUGGAUAACUACGACCAAAUUGAGAUGAAGAACAACGCAAAGUCGCGGAUUCUGGGAAUUACUGAUCCAAGGAAACGAUUGGUGCAAUACAAACUAAGAGACAAAAACAAAAAGCCGCUAACACCGAUGGAACAGCAGCGACUCGAAGAAUUUGACCGUAUUGAGAAGCAAAACCCAAGCUCGCGAAUACUCAAGACGGCAGACCCGGCGGCCAGAUUGAAGAAAUACAACGAUAGAGAGGCUCAAAGACAAAAGAAUGCCGCAGCCAAGAACAAAAGUCAGCCUCCAAGGGGACAGCGUGGCAAGGUGGCUGUAAACUCGCCAUUGGCACCGCAACAAUCUACACCUAAUCAGCCGCCCAAGAAGCAGCAAGUUGCCAAACCGAUACAGGAAAACAAACAAAUUGCAAGUCCAGCUGUCAAACAACCAUCAAGGAGGGUUAGAAAAGCUCAAAGGAAAGAAGCGGCCGCCACAGCUACUGCAACUGCGGCAGCGCAGAUGGCAAAGGCAGCUCCGGCCGGGACAACAACCAGUAAACAGGCAACCUCUGCGCCGGGAAAUAAGGCUCCGCAAGGGCCAAACAGAAGGGAAAGGAAAGCACAGAUGAAGGUAUAUGUGGCUGAUGCCGCCAGGAAAGAAAAGGCCGCUAGAGCUGCCGAAGCCCAGAAAAGACUCCAAGAAAAGAAGUCAGCUACUUCGGUUGGAGUCGCAGCUGUUAAGACACAGUCAACUGGCAAGCCGGAGCCGAUGAGUGAAAAGGAGAAAGCUAAAGCCAAUGAAAAUAUGGCAGCAUUCGCCAAUUUGCCCGGACUAGUCUAGGGUUUAGUCAAUCAUGAAAUGCAUAUAAAUGUAAACCAUAGAGCUGACAGUAAUUUUAAAGAUGUAAAACACCACAAGAGCCGUCAUACAGGCCAAGGCGGUACCGUCGAGGAGUCCGUGUGUGAAGAUGCUACCAACCAACCAAGUUGAAGAAAAAAAGAAAUAAUAUAACAAGAGUUAAAGCCACGGCUAAAACUAAUUUUCACUGCCUGCAAUGGGAAUUGAAGUGGGCUAAUAGACGCAAGGAGACCUCCGGGAGGAGAUACCUUUUGAGCCAAACCCAAUCACUUAGGCUCGAGGAACCCAUAAAUGUACAAGCACGUUUGAAAAGUGAUGUUAGAAGGAAUAAUGAAUAAAUGAAUAAUGAUUGUUUGAUCUGAGCCACAUCCAUCUCUCUGGUAUUCAGUGCUGCAAAGGGGUCGGGGUUUUCUGGCGUGUUUUCUGAGAGUAGAGUAGAAGCAACAGCCAAG